CUCUGGAGCCUUGGAGGUAGACAGCCUGAGUCUGGACACUUGAAAUCUUUUGAAAAAGGAUUUAAAGACAAUGUCGACAGUUUUGAGCUAAGGAGAACUAGAGCUGCCCUGCUGAACAAAUGCAGACAGGAGGGGAGACAACUUUAGGAAGUUAACAACAGAUGUGAGCUGUUUUGAAAGAGGAAAGAAUUCACUGAUCAGCACUUGGACAAAACAGAGGUACAAGGGCUCCUUUGGGGUAAUGAUGAAAAGGAAGCAGAAUUUAGUGGAGGACAGCACAACCCUCAUCGCCCUCUCUGACCACCCUGAACAAACCUACGGGAGCACAGAGAUGUGUGCAGCACCUCAGGAAAACAAAAACGUAUUUAGUGAUGGAGUUACCCACGUUGAUUUUGUCUUGGUUUGGGAAGAGUCUGUGAACCCCUUAAAGUCUGCUGAUUCAGAGGAAGAAUCUUCCCGUUCCUCGCGAGAUAUUCACAGGAAGUGGAGGACAGAAUUCCUUUCCAGACUCCAGACUGCAGGCAUUCAUCAGGAGAUGAAAGAAUUUGUUCAGGGGAAAACAAAGACUACAUAUGUGCUUCUGAGCGCCGCCUGGAAUGUUCUGUGUUAUUAUGCUGAAGAGAUCAGCCUUCGAGUUCCAUUGCAGGUUGUGACAACUCCAAUAUCAAACUGGUCAGAGGACAUCCUGAACAAAAUGCACAUCCCAAACAUCAUGGCUCAGGAUGUGCCCAACCUUCCACCAGACUACUAUACCUGCCAGUAUCGCAACAACAAACUAGAGAGGUUUCUUGGCCAUGAGAACAAGGACACCUUCUUUAAGACCACACAAAGGCAUAAGAUAUUGUAUGAGAUAUUAGUGCGGACUCCAUUUGGAGCGUUGAAGAGAGGAGAGGUUGGAGUUGGCAGGCUUGUUAGUGAAAAUGUUUUGACUGCUGCUUUUCCUCUACAUGAGGGUCCAUUUAAAAUGCCGACAGCUCCAAUAGAUCCAAAGUCUCUGAACAUGAGACAGAUUCUGCAUCAUUACUGGGCUCGAUGGGCUUGCUGGAGGAAAUACCAACCUUUGGAUCACAUUCGCGAGUACUUUGGCGAGAAAAUAGCCCUCUACUUUGCCUGGCUGGGCUUCUACACAGGCUGGUUAUUACCAGCAGCAGUAGUGGGUUUCAUCAUAUUUUUGUUUGGUAUCUGGCUGAUGGUGACUGAUGUGCCAGCAGAAGAGCUUUGUUCCAGUGGAGACACCUUUGUCAUGUGUCCACUCUGCAACAUUUGCAGCUACUGGAACCUCUCCAGCAUCUGCUACACAUACAAGGCAGGCUUGCUGUUUGACAAUGAAGGAACCGUUUUCUUCAGCAUAUUCAUGUCAUUGUGGGCUGUCACCUUCCUGGAGUACUGGAAACGCACAAGCUCUAUACUGGCCCACCGAUGGGACUGCUCAGAAUUUGAAGAGAUAGAGGAGAGGCCAAGGCCUGAAUUCACAGCAAUGGCCCCAAUGAUGGUUCGUAAUCCUGUGACUGGGGCUGAGGAGCCCCAUUUCCCAGAGAGUCAACGACUGAGUCGUACUCUAACCGGCAAUAUGGUCAUCAUUGUAAUGAUUGCCAUCGUUUUGAUAUUCCUAAUUGCAAUUAUCCUCUAUCGAACUAUCCUAAGCAUCAUUAUCUACAGAUCUCAUAGUGCCAUCUUCAUAUUCUCGGCUGGGAGGAUAGCUAGCCUUACUGGUUCAAUGCUAAAUUUGGUGGUUAUUCUGUUGUUGUCACGGCUCUAUACAUACCUUGCCAAAAUUCUGACAAGAUGGGAAAUGCAUCGCACCCAGACUAAAUAUGAGGACGCAUUCACCCUCAAGGUUUUCAUCUUCCAGUUUGUCAACUUCUACUCAUCUCCUGUUUACAUUGCAUUUUUCAAGGGCAGGUUUGUUGGAUACCCUGGAAACUACAACAAUCUCCUUGGAAUCCGAAAUGAAGAUUGUGGCUCCUCUGGAUGUCUCAUUGAACUUGCUCAAGAGCUGUUGGUCAUCAUGGUAGGCAAACAGGUCAUCAGCAACAUCCAGGAAUUUAUCUUGCCUAAAUUAAAGACAUGGUGGCACAAGAGGAAGUUGAAGCCAGCUCCCAGUGUAGAAUUGAUAGAUAAACCAGACACUAAGCCAGAAAACAGCCCGUGGGUAGCAGACUAUCAGCUGCUUGUAUGUGAGGGGCUGUUUGAUGAGUAUCUGGAGAUGGUUCUGCAGUUUGGUUUCAUCACCAUCUUUGUGGCAGCCUGUCCUUUGGCUCCGGUAUUUGCCUUGAUUAACAACUGGGUGGAAGUGCGUCUUGAUGCACAGAAGUUUGUGUGUGAGUACCGCAGGCCUGUCGUGGAGAGAGCACAAGAGAUUGGCAUCUGGCUGAUCAUCCUACAAUUCAUCUCCUACCUGGCUGUCAUUAGUAAUGCUUUCCUGAUUGCCUUUACGUCUGAUUUCCUACCGCGCCUCUAUUACCGCUACAACAAGGGCAGUAUGAGGGGCUAUAUCAACUUCACCCUCUCAGUAGCAGAAGGAAACUUCACCCAAAGCGAAAUGUCAUGCAGAUAUCGAGGCCAGAGAGAUGAGAAAGGACAGCUCACACAGGAUUACUUCCACCUGCUGGCCAUACGUCUGAGUUUUGUCAUCAUAUUUGAGCAUGUUGUACUCCUGAUUGGACGGAUUAUUGACUGGAUGGUGCCAGACAUUCCAGAGGAGGUGGAGAUUAAGAUAAAAAGAGAGCAUUAUAUGGCCAAAGAGGCACUAGCUGAGAAUCAGUCCUUGAGCAAAUCUGUUCUAGAGGAGACGGAGAGGCAAACCUCUGAGCUGCGACACAGAUUACAGAUUCCUACAGACAAUAUCUCCUCUGCCUUCUGUCCAUUUCCUGAACAUGAAGACAAACCUCCACACUGACAGUCUGUCAUUUGAGACUUUUGAUAAGACAAACUAUUGUGACUCCACAAUUAAUAGAUGUGUUUGAAAACUGAUGAUUAUUAAUGCCACAACAUUGAUCCCAUUGUGAUUAGUUGUAAAGGAAUUAUAAUAACCAAAGGUCAUUGCAUAUAACCAAAAACUAUGUUCAAUUCACAUUCUAUCUUAAAUAGUGUGAAAUAGUGUGUCUAGAAUCAUACUUUGUUAAAAAAUGUGUAUGCCAAAGGUUCAGUGCAUGUUUUUUGGUGUUCUCUUUUGACUUAUUCUGUUGAAGAUAAAUGGCAAGGAAUGUGAUGUCAAAUCUUCAACAGCAGUUUUUAAAGAUGUAUGUAAUCAAUGUUUUUAUUCCAUGCCUACACUACCAAAAGUCGGCAAAAGCAACAUUUAGCAUAUACAGUGCAUCCGGAAAGUAUUCACAGCGCUUCACUUUUUCAACAUUUUGUUAUGUUACAGCCU